AUGCCGCGAAAAUAUUUGGGCGAACGAAUUGAUCGGAGCCACGAUUUUCAAAGACCCGCAUCGCUAACGCUGACAGACUUGGACCUGCAAAAUAUACCAGAGUUGCCAACGCAUUACAUGGAAUAUGAUGACGGCAUCAAAAACAGCAAUACGGUGGAAAUUGUCGGCCAGAAAGGACGUCGGAUUUCCAGACAAUUUGGCGGUACCAUUAAACUUAAACAGCGGCUAAGCUCUGUUCCCGAACUUUUCCUACACAACUUUAACCGUCGGCAAGAAAAAACUGAUCCGAAGCCGUCUGUUGCCGAGGGCCCUGCUAUGCACGGGGCUAAAAGCCAUCGCGAUCGCGUACGGCAAAGCUCGUCUCCCUUCUUGACCACCGCGCCACGCCCUUCGCCGCCAGAUGUACUCGAUUUGACGUUGAAAACGCCGCUCAUGGUAUAUCCAGUGCAGUUUGACACAGCAUUGGAGCCUAUGCAAGACGCCGAAUCGCACUACAGCGGUAAAUCUGAGGGCGAGAUUAUCUACGAAGAGAUCAUCAAAGCAUACUCGUCGAACAGGAGAAACGCUUCUGAGCCAGCAAGCGUAGAUUCAGAGUUACCAAGAUCCACCGCCAGGCCGAAAAUGCUAAAAAAACCCGUAACUCGAACUAUGCACCCGUUUAUCAACCUGGCGGAUCCGCUAGCGGAUCCGCCAUUCACGCAAUUCGUGCCCGUUUUUGACGAGCCCCACGAUUUGCAGGAAAACAUAUCGAGCCCUGAAUACAACAGUUCUGGAGUCUCAGACCCGUCUAGCGUUGAAGAAGAAUUCUCCGACCUAGGAAGCAUUGUCGAAAGUCUAGUCCAGCCAGCGACGCGAUCCCAAUCGCCUCACCGCAGCGAAAAUUCCAAUGAUGAUGAAACAUAUUUUUCAGCAGAAGACGUUCAACCGUUAAAGUCGUCAGCGCAUUGUUCCAUGAGAAAGUUGCGGAGACUUAUAGUGACGCCAAAAAUCGUAGCAAUGGAAGAUCUCGUUACCGAUUCACAAGACGACUCUGAUCAGCGAAUAGAACAAGAGGUUCAAGAUUUGGAGAUCAACGAUGCUUCUAGUAGUGUAUAUGACUUAUGA